CAGCGGGGCUGGGCGGCCCCUCGGCAGCGCCGGGUGUGCGCUGAGGCCCGCGGGAGAGCCGCCGCUUCUCCCCGGCGGGGGCUGGUCUGCAUCAGCCCCGGCAGGUUAAGGCGUUCUCGGAGCGCGGCGGGUCUGUGCGCGGCAUUUCGGUGGCGCUGCCUCGGGCAGGGAGGGAGCGGUGGCUGCCGUGGGCGAGGGGGAGCCGGGAAAUCGUUAUAUAGAAGGCUACCUCAGAUUUUGAUGAGCAGGCAUGGCUGUCACGCUGCAUACUGAUGUGGGAGAUAUUAAAAUUGAGCUAUUCUGUGAGCGUACUCCAAAGACUUGUGAAAAUUUCCUGGCUCUUUGUGCUAGUAACUACUACAAUGGAUGCGUAUUUCACCGAAAUAUAAAGGGCUUCAUGGUUCAGACAGGGGAUCCAUUAGGCACUGGGAAAGGAGGUAACAGCAUCUGGGGCAAGAAGUUUGAAGAUGAAUUCAGUGAAUAUCUAAAGCACAGUGUCCGUGGGGUAGUUUCCAUGGCAAACAAUGGUCCCAACACCAAUGGAUCACAGUUCUUCAUCACUUAUGGCAAACAGCCACACCUGGACAUGAAGUACACAGUGUUUGGAAAAGUUAUUGAUGGCUUGGAGACCCUGGAUGAGCUGGAGAAGCUGCCUGUGAAUGAGAAAACCUAUCGACCUCUUAAUGAUGUUCGCAUUAAAGACAUUACAAUUCAUGCCAACCCUUUCGCUCUGUAGGCACAGAGUGCUGCAUCACAUUCUUCAGAGACUGGUCAGAUACUUCCCAGAUUAUGGGGUUUAAAGAGCUAUCAAAAAGGGUUACUUCAGCUGGAUCAUGUCUUUGCUUAUUGAAUGCAGAAUUUCCAGGAGCUUUAACAUUGUUCGGGAGUUGUCACAGAGAAGUCUUCUGCUUCAGGAGCCACGUUUUCCAGAGUAUCUUCCAGCAUUUUGAUUUUUAAGCGUUGUUUUUUAUACUUGUAAAAUAAAAAAGUUUUAAUUUUUUUCCUAA